UAAUAACUCUCAGAAGUGACGACCGUGCAGUACAGUGGCAGCGCUUCAGCAUGACAUUCAGCAGCAAAGGCUACCUGGAGAGAAAGACAGGAGCUCAUGGAGUGGGAAGGUUCCAGUACUUGCAAACUCUAGUUACCGAGUUCCAGGACACACAUAAAGAAGAGUAUAGACUUCAAGUGUUGGCUAAUUUCGCCAACUUUGCGUACGAUCCCAUCAACUAUGAGCAUUUCCGCAAGCUCAAUGUUUUGGAUGUGUUCCUAGAUGUCAUUGCAGAGGACACUGACGAGAAGGCCAUAGAGUUUGCUAUUGGAGGCGUGUGCAACUGUUGUCUGGAUAAACUCAACAAAGAGUAUUUGGUUGAGAAUGAUGGAGUGGAGUUGGCAGUCAAGUGUUUGUCCAGUGAGAACGAGGAGACCGUCUUAUCAGCCAUCACUACUCUAAUGUACCUCAUGACACCACAGACUAAGAAGGCUAUCACAGGGGAGAGUGUUGUUGACCUAAUGCAGAGAUUCUCAAAAUCAUCAAACAUAAGACUCAGUAAUUUGGCUACAGUGUUCUUAGAAGACUAUUGUGACAAACGUCUUACUGGAGAAACCUCAGCAGCCAAGAAAAGAAAACUGUCAGAACACACCUCAUGAGCAAUAAAGCAAUAAACUAUACAAUAAUGCUUCAUUAUAAAUCUUCUCUUUUUUUAAAACUUCACAAUCUCUUAAUUUCUAAUAGAGUAUGUUGAUGUUCCA